AUGGGGUCUAAUGAUAUUGAGGAUUUUCAUGACGAAAACGAAUGUCCACGACUCGUAUACUUGUCCUUAACGUUAAAAGGCGAAAAGCCGAGCUCUGGUGAAUGGGAUUUUGUAACAGUAUUCAAUAAUCAAGUUUUAUUAGAAGAAAAAUGGCAAAACGACUUAAUUAUUAAUGAUUUCGUCUUAAAUUUGAAUUUAAAAGAAGAAAUAAAUCAAAAGAUAUUGGCAGAUAGACCACUCGUAUUUUUUCUUCGUACCCGUGGAAAAGCGAUAAAAGAAACCGACCCCAUGAUUAAUAGUGAUAACCGAGCAGGAGGUAAUGUAGAUUUAUUUCCAUUAGUUUUAGGAGAAAAGGAAAUUAGUGUAGUAGUGCCGCUUGUUGUUAUCAAUUCAGGACUUAUAACGGAUUGCAAAGUUAAAGUUUUUGCUCGUUGUAGGGGAAGUUCAGAGAGCGAAAAAAUUCCUCUAAUGUUAACCAUGAUUUCUGCUCAUUGCCUACCAAAUGUAAAGGAAGGUACAGUUUUUAUCAGUGGCAUAAGUCUUAAUAAUAUUCACAGCCCCACGGCUAUAAAUUUUGGAAUGUCACAAAGCACGUCAUCUAUGUCUAAAAUUGUUUGGGCUACGGCCAGUCACGCGGGACAAGCAGCUAACACAGUUUUUAGUGUACCUAACGAUGAUAAGUUUGUGCCACAACAUUUAUCACUUGAAAAUUCUGAUAGUUGUAAUUCUGUUUACUGGAAUGCCAUGAGGCGAGUUCUGGUAGAACCCACAUGCCUACAAAGUCGAUUAAACUCUACUUUUGUCUUCGAAUUAGCUGGAGUCCCAAAGAGUGGAAAAAUGGAAGUACGAGGUAGAUUUAUGUCAUUUGUUGAUGCGGGCGUUUUACUCCAACCAGGUCAAUCUGGCGUAACUAUAUGUGCAAAGCUCUUGUUCUUUAGUGACGAAAAUUUACCAGAAAAUUCCUCCGCCAUUUUGAACUUACCACCAAAUAGCGCACGAGUAAGUGCCCGUGAAAAAAAUACCUUUAUAAUUGAUGAGCACGGACAUGAUGCUUACAUUGUUCUAAGAUUUGAUUUGAUUGAUCCACUCGUUCCAAAAGCGAAAAAAUCAACACUAUUUGAUCAUUUAGGAUUCUCCCCUCGCGCUGGUAUUCAAACUACCAAUGAAGAUUUGGAGUUUAUUUUUCCAUCAUGUGAAUCCUCUUUAGACAAAAAUUGUAUACGUAAAGAAGGCGGGGCUUUAGCGGUUCAUAAGGAGUUAAGUAAUUUAUCCUACAAGAAUACAUUGCAAAUGAAUAAAAGCAUAAAACGGACGGCAGCUAAUCGUCUAUUAAUGCGUGUUAGAUCUAUGAUUAAGCAAUUUCUACCAGAAGAAUCUUCUGUAAUUGAUUAUCAAGAUACUAUAACAAGUCAACAUUCAGCAGUUCGACGAGCUGUGACCGCUUCUUUUGCUCCUCCUCCUCCAAAAAGUCGUACUUCAACGAGGUCUGCUGCGGCAAGAUGUCGAAUUGCAGGUGAUACAAGAAUAUCAAUUCAUCACAUUGAAAAAAAUUUACAAAUUAGUCCGAACCAACCGCGGGUGCUUUUAUCUAAAGUUUUGCGUUGCCUUGAAGAAAGAACUGAUUCAGAAGCCUAUAGUUAUUUAGUAAAAGCUUUGAAUGUUAAUCCUAGAAAUCGAUAUUUAUUGUGGAUAUAUGGAGGUAUGCAAUUUGACAAAGAACCUAAGGAAACUGAGGUAGCAGUUGCAGCUCUCCGCAUUGCUGUGAAAGGUGAUUCUUCUGAUGGUACUACCAAAGCAAUCAGUUGGGCUGCUCUACAUUCUUUGCACCAUUUCAAUAAUAACAUAUAUGCAGCUUUUGUCGCUGCAAAAAACAUGAGAAAAUCAUAUGAAUUGCCCAGAGAGUGGAGGAAGUGCUUAAAGCGAUGGAUUGAUUCAAGUGGUGAAGAAGAGACUUUUUGGGUUCCUGGUGUAAUUGACACUCAAAAUCCUUUAUUAAUCACUGCUGCUUUCUUUUUAUGUCUGCGAUGUUUUAAAUUUAGUGAAAGAAUAAUACAGUGUGUAGAAGAAGGUUGUUUACAACGUGGUACAAAGUCUAAUAAUAAUAGAAAGUCACAGUCUGGAAUUUAUUAUUUAAGAACAGCUUCCUUAAUACUGCAACGACACUUAGACGAAGCACUGAAAAUGGCGGAAGAGGGUUUGAAAAUGCUAGGACCUUGUGCUAUAUUGUCUCAAAUUCGUGCAAUUUGCUUAGUAUUUGCAGGGGGUUGGGAUGGUAAUUGCGAAGGAGCUUUUAAAGAAGCGGAUAACGCUGGAGCAGAACCUUGCCCUGCUUUACUUCUCCGAGCAGCUUUGGGCGGGUUACAAACAAAUCUUGAGACCUCUCUACAAAGGGCCGCACGUGCUCAUAAAAUUGCCCCAUCAGCUUCUUCAGCUUUAAUUAUUGGAAAAAUUUAUUUUAAAAUGGGUGAAGAACAAUUAGCGGAACGCUGGGCUGCAGUUGCUGUUAAAACAGAGCCUUUACUGUCUGAUGGCUGGGCUUUUUUGGCAAUAUUGGCGAUGUAUAAAAGAGACGUUGAUAAAGCGAGGGCCUUGCUUAGAACCGCGAGGCAAGCUGGUCCUUUGAGCCCAGAGAUUGUAGCAGAAUUAGAGAGAGUAAAGAAGGUAGUUAAUGUUGAGGGUUUGCCUGAAGUCAUAGUGAAGGAUUUAUGUCUUUGUGACUAUUGUUAA